GUACUCGGGACGUCAUCCAGCAAUAUGCUACGUACGUCAUGCAGGCUGUUACCUAACUCUACUGUUAGAGAAACGUUAAGAUACACUGCAAAGUUGAAAUUACCAGCACAUGUAACAACAGAUGAUAUUGAACGGAAGGUAGCUAAAGUAAUACAACAAAUGGGUUUAAAAGAUGUUGCUGACUCAAGGAUAAGAAGUAGUAUUAUCCGUGGAAUCUCAGGGGGAGAGCAAAGACGAGUUACCAUAGCAAUUCAGUUACUUAAAUAUCCAGAUAUGGUUUUGUUGGACAUCAAGUUUGGACAGUAACACUGCUCGUUACCUAGUCAGAAAUCUCCGUGAUCUCGCUAAACAAGGGGAAAUUGUUCUGUUUAAAGUCCAUCAACCUAGUUCAGAUAUCUUCCACAUGUUUGAUCAGAUUGGAAUCAUGUCAAAGGGACAGAUGGUGUAUUGUGGACCUGCCAAAGAUGGUUCCUUAUUUCACAGCUCUUGGUUAUCCUUGUGAUACAUAUACAAACCCUUUAGAUAGAUAUAGUAAGUUAUAGGAUAAUUAUGUCGUAAAUAUUUUUAAACACAUCACGGGUAAAUAUAAGUCUAUAUUUAGUAUAGACAAGUCAUUUAUUUUAUAAUAUGAAAUUCUGGUAUCGUUAUAAAUUUAACAUCAAAAAUGCGUUACUGUAAAAAGCAAAAUAAAGUACAUUUAUAAAGUAAUAAACAAUAUCUAUAUAUAUUCCUUCAUGUUAACAUUCGAUUAUCUUUUUGCAAAUUGUUUACUAAAUAAAUCAAAUCUGUUUAUAGUUAUAUCAAUUGAAAGAUUACAUACUUGUGUCAUUCGGAUAUUUUUUUAUUAAAGUUUACCUUGUUUACAACAAAAUUAUAAGAAAACGCCAAAACAAUACAGUCCAAUACAGUUAAAUACGCUUAAGUCCUUCUCUUUCGAUGUUGCGAGCAUAGGUCGUCGUGAUUAAGAUAGAAAAUAUUAAAGUACGAAACGUGUAGAUAGUUUGGUGGAAGCUUUACAAAUCUCACAAAUAAACCAACAAACUCUCCACAAUAUAAGAAAUGCAAUGAAUGGAACUGAUGCCAGUAAGCUCGCUAGUGGUAGUGUAGCAAGUAGCGGACCAAGUUGCAUGAGGGUGCUUAUUACAAUUAUAUGGUAAAUCAUUAUUUUAUAGAAUCAAUAGAGAUUGUUGGUUAAAACGUUCGUUUUCUAUAUUACCUUACAAAUAAAAACACGUCACUACAUGUAUAUGGAGAGUAAUUUGUGAAAUGUCUCAGAUCUGCUAUUUUGCAUUUUAGAUUUGAUUAUUCAGAUUAAGUCAAAUUGAUAAUAAAACACUUACAGAUGUAAAAGAUUUGAUUAAUAUCAAAUGACAGCGACUUACACUCCAAACUUUGUAAGAUUAAAAAAAUCUCACUAACGAGGCUUUUAUACCCAUAACGGUUACUUUGUCAUUGGUAAUGUAUUUAUAUGCUAUGCUUUCACAUGUCUAUAAUAAUAAAUUGAGCGGUUUAUGAACAAAUCCUUAUUUUUCAGCCGGAUGUAUACUAACGUUUUUAGAGAUCGAAAAUACUACUUUGCUCGUAUUUUUCUACUCCCCUUGUUUAUGGUGUUUAUCAUCAUUUUCUUGAGAAGUGUUAAAAAUGCACACAGACAAGUAUCCAGGACCGUAUUAGUCUCAUCUAUAACGCUACCACAGGCCCUCCCUUCAUGGGAAUCAUUAACAGCAUAGCACUUUGUACGUAUAAUCAUUUACCUGCAAAAAAACAUUUACACAUAUCAAUGCAGAAAUCAGUAAAAAUAAGUGUUCAUUCAAGAACUACGUUACAUUUAUUGUUAUAUAUUUUGAACAAGAAAGACUUGUUGUCUGAUUUUAUGACAUUUUAUUCUUGAAAUGUUUGGGUUUUUUUCUUUAAAAAAUAUUAAAUUGAAUGAACGAGAGGAUAAGGAUGAAUGAAGAUGAGGCAAAAUGUUCAACAAAACGCAGGUGCAGGCAAAAUUUAUACAAAUAUAUACAAAGACCAGAUGUUUGUGUUAUGCCUCGUAUAUUUUUGAAGAUGUACACCAACGUUUAAACUUAUAAUUGACAACAUAAUCGGUUCAAUUUGCGGGAUUUAUACUAGCGCGAGAGUCGAGACGGAUUGUAU